GGAAAAGGUCCCGGAGCCGAGAGCCGUCCGCCCGCCCAGGCCCGUCCGCCUGUCCGCCCGCCAUCCCGCGCCAUGACGGACCGCUACACCAUCCACAGCCAGCUGGAGCACCUGCAGUCCAAGUACAUCGGCACGGGGCACGCCGACACCACCAAGUGGGAGUGGCUGGUGAACCAGCACCGCGACUCGUACUGCUCCUACAUGGGCCACUUCGACCUGCUCAACUACUUCGCCAUCGCCGAGAACGAGAGCAAGGCGCGCGUCCGCUUCAACCUGAUGGAGAAGAUGCUGCAGCCCUGCGGGCCGCCCGCCGACAAGCCCGACGAGUCGUGACCCUGCGUCCUCCUGGGCCCGGCCCUCUCCCGUGUGAUUCCCGCCGAGGACUGACCGGGAGAAGCCUCGCAAAAUGCCUGCUUCUGGACUCUGACUGUGCAGUCGUUCGCCUUUUUUUUCGAGGGGAAUAUAAUAAAGCUUCCUGGGCAUUCCUAAUGUUUGGUUUGGUAGUUUCCUAGUACGAGGUUUUGGUUCCCAGAGGAGUGCUGGUUCUCGGUAUUGAGCGUUUCAGUGCAACCGUCCGAGGUGAAAGUCUCGGAUGCUCCCAGACAGCAUUUCCCCGACCGGGCGGAUUGACGCUUGCUUACAAAACUCAGUUUUGGGCGGAGAGAGGGGAAGUUUGUUUGUACUCAAAGGGUUUGAUUUCUUGGUAGCAAUAUUAUGUGGGGUGGUUUGUGGUACGGCAUAAAUCAGUCCCUGUAGUACUUAAAAAUUCCAAAAUGGCUUUUCUUUAAACACUGUUUUCUUGCUUUAUUUUCCUCUUUUCUGUACCUUUGAGGUUUUCAAACCUCGAUUCUUUCUGAUACAAAUGAGAAUUUUUUUUUUUUUUUUUUUUUUUCCUCCUUAUGCUUUCUAGUAACCUAGCAUUAAAGUUUUUUCUAUCUUACAUCAAAGAAAGAUAUUAAUGUUGGGCUGGGGUGUGUUAAUAUGGAAUAAGAAUAUAAGGGUUACUCACUACUAAGAAGUAAAAUGCUUCGAGGUGACAUAGUCUUCGAUCAGACUGCAUACUGAACAGAUGCUGAUUCUGAUUUGUCACUUAAAAUAGGCUUUCUGAUUACUUACAGUAAAAAUAAUGUUGAGUUUUAAAAGGUGGAAAGACCUCAGACCAACACUGUGAGAUGCGUUGCUUGGGGAAAUAAAAUGCUCUAAUACCUGACAUGUUUGUUUGUAUUAACAUUGGAAGGGAAAGUCCAGCGUUUUGUGGUCCUGUUAGAACACUGUGCAGACUUAUUAGAGACUUUCUGAAGUCAGCGAUCUCAAGUCAGUACAUCCAUCUUCUGAAGAAUUCAGAGAUGACAUUUUUCAAACUUUGUUCCACAUAGAUAGAUGAGGGCAUGGAUGAAGUAGUCAGACAUUUUGCUUGCAAAUUUUGUGGGGAACUGCUUCAGUUUACAAUAAUAAGGGGAAUAUGUAGGAAACUGUUUUUCAGUAUGCCUGAAAGCUGGUGCAGGUAAUUUGAAGAGCAUAUGUUCCUCACAUACUGGAGAACAGGGCUGAAAGUUUUUGUCAGUUGAGUUUGAGUACUUAGGCCUAGGUAUGCAAGGCAGUCUUGCAAAGAACUGGGCAAAAUUUGCGUCUAAAUAAAACAAGUUUCCUGUUCAGUUUCACCUUUCCUGCUAAAAGUCUGCUCUAGUACCAAGUCUUAGAAGCUUGCCUUCCAUAAGGUGUCUCCUCUGCUGGCAGCCAGCAGAGGAGUUGUGUGUGUGUUGGUGUGUGCAACAGAGGGUGGCAGAGGGGCUUGAGCCUUAGUGCUGGGCCUUGGCAGCUGGAAACGCUGAACUGGGGAUAACAGGUAUCCCCAGCUUUUGUAGUGGUUUGCAAGCUGAACUUGGAACCUUUUGUGCAGUCUUGGAUCUCCUACAAUGAGGAUAGACAGAAGCCAUGCAAUUUAAUCACUCCUGCAUAAAUUAAAGCUAUUUCACAGGAGAUUUAUUUUAGGUUAAAGUAAGAAUUAGCUCUAUCUGUGGAUAUUCUCAGAACGUUUUGAAAUGUGAGCAACAAAUAUGUAACACAUAAGUAAAGAUUAAUGCUCCUUUGCAGGCCAGCUCUUCGCUGUAAAGGCCAAACAGCCCUCAGGGACAAGUCAAGAUUCACAUGGUGAAUGAACUUGCUGUUUCUUCUGGGUAUACUUGCUUGGGUCCCAGUUAGGCACAUACCCCUAUUUUAGCAUGGCUGGAAGAUGUUUUUAGAAUGUCUGUACCAAGUAACGAUUAUGAAACAUAAUAAACACUUCUUAAGAAAUUGAGAAAACCAAA